AUGUCGUUUCUAGCGAGGGUGUUACGCAAUGUCGACGCGACCAAAAUCGCUGGCAGCGCAUACUGCACGGCGCCGGAGUGCCUGCACAAGGUGGCUCCCUACUCGCCCGCCGCAGAUAUCUUCGCCUUCGGCCUCCUCGUCUGCGAACUGAUAACCCGACUGGUGAACAACGGGAGCACUAUUCCGCGCACCGCGGAGUUUGGUCUUGAUCGAGACAGCCUCCCCGUGUCACAGGAUUGCCCUGCUUGGUUCCUCGAAUUAGCGGUAGACUGCUGCAAGGUCGAACACCAAGAACGUCCGUCAGUGGAAGACAUUGUGGACCGAAUAAUGCAACAUUCCCUAGAUCGACAGGCGGCUUCGCCAUUGCCCGUCAACUGUUCCAGAGCAUUCGCUUUGGCUUCUGGUGAAAAGCGCGACUGCACCAUCAUUGGCUGUGCUCCCGGACUGUCUGGGAUAGCCGAAAACGCUCAAUUCCCCCCGCUGUAUAUGCACCCUCCUUUGGCCGUGAGCGCAGGAGACGCUGAGUCAGUAGCCAACGCCCACAUCUCCCUCUCUGACUGUGUGGCCAACUCAUUGCAGCAGUUAAAUGACCCUAUGCGCAUUAUCCCACUCUGGUACCUGUUCACUCGUUUCUACGGAACGGGAAUAAUUCGCAAAGCCAUCGUAGGGCGUUCGCCGCUUACUGGCUCAAAUGAGACGAACUCAGAACCAAGUACCAUCUACGUGUCGCUUGACGCACCCCUCGAGUUCCAGCGUUGGAGUAGUGUCUUCGAACAAUCUCGAUCUAGUUCAUGUGAGGACAUUCGGCCCAUCAUGCUACGAUCUGCAACUCAAGCGCCAUCUAAAAAGGCUACUUCCUUGUUUGUUGAGUUCAGUCAGACGACCAAUCAACCAAUGACGAGUGGCACAAAUGAGCUGGUUUUUCCAAUUAUCCUGUGCAUCAUAUUGAUGCCCAAUCAGGAUCUGGGGUCACGGAUGAAUGCAAACACCGUGAUUGAUGUCACAACACCACCGCCGACGAGUCAACAGGCAUAUUGUGGUCUCAGCUGUAAAAAGAGUGGGAGAAUGCGGUGUUGA